AUGGCAGCCCCUGCCCUCCUGUUGUUGGCCCUGGUGCUCCCAGAGAGAGCUUGACCGGGCCUGGGGCUGCCCGCCAGCUGUGUGCCCUGCUGCUACGCUGCCUGGCCCCCAGCCACUGAGCCUCACCCCUACGCCCACAGGAGUGAGGAGGACCCAUGGGCAGGGCUGCCAGUGCACCUGGCAGUCGACCUCGCCAUCCUCAAAGGCGAACAGGGCGAUGCUGGGCUCAGAGGCUGCUCGGGCAGAAGCAGGAAGGAGGGUCCACCUGUUCUGGGCCUGCAGGGUCUCAAGGGCCAGAAAGGGCAGGCAGGACCUCUGUGGGCCCUGUGCCCACACGCCCAUACGGCCUUCUCGGUGGAGCGUGCCAGGCUGCACAGCGUGGACAGCUUCCAGCCAGUGCCCUUUGACGUGCUGGUGACCCCAGACGGCGCCUUGGACCUGCCUCGGACCUCUGCCGCUGUGCCUGCGUCUCGGUGUGCACGCCCCAGGCCAGGGCCGUGCUGUACGGGCAGCCCGGCGGGCGAGCGCGGCGGCGUGCAGGCCGCCCUGAGAGCUGGCUUCACUGUCGCCCACAGGCACAAGCGUGUGCUGAUGUGA